AUGUCCGACUUUAUUACUCCAGUUAUUGACAUCCUAACUCGUUUGUGUCGUUACUGUGCCAAAUGGGCAGAUUCAAUAUGCAAUCUUCAAGAAAACCUCAAGUCCUUGACAAGUGCUUCAGAUCAACUCGACGACAUAUAUCAUGAUGUCAAGAUGAAGGUCGAAACGGCAGAGCAGGACCCAGGGCUGACGGUUUUGCAACGGGUAAGGGGUUGGAUGGGCAGUGUAGAACGCCUACAAAAUGAAGUCCGAGCCAUUUUGCAGCAAGAUGAUCGAGAAAUACAAGCCACAUGUUUCGGAGGUCAUUGUCCCAAGAAUUGUUGGGCUAUCUACAAGCUACACAAAAUGGUUGACCGGAAGCUGAGUGAAGUUAAUGAUCUUACACGCAAAGGCCAUUUUGAUGUCAUAGCAGAAAAGCUUCCCCGUGAUAGGUUCGAUAAACUUCCUGUGGCUAAGCUUGUAGGGGUAGAAUCAACAUUUGAGGAGCUAUCAUCGAAAGAUGCAGAUGAAGGAAAAAUUCAAGAUGCCAUUAGGAAGAAAUUGAAUGUCCCAGAUGAUACUUGGAAUAAUAAGACGGUGGAGGAAAAAGCUGUUGUGUUAUGCAAUAUCUUAAAGAACAAGGCAUUUGUGUUGUUAUUAGAUGACGUGUGGGACUGGAUUGACCUGUUGAAAUUGGGGGUUCCUUCCCCUAAUAAUCAUGAAUGCAAGAUAAUAUUUACAACUCGGUUAAAAGUGGUUUGUGGUCAAAUGGGUGCGGAUGCAGAUGGAAGCAUCUUAGUAAAUUGCCUCCCACCAGAUGAAGCAUACGACUUGUUCAAGGAGAAAGUGGGCGUUACUACUCUUGAAAAACCUAAUAUAUUGCCUCUUGCAAAGCAAGUGGUGGAAGAAUGCAAAGGCUUGCCACUUGCUCUUUGUACUGUUGGACGUGCCAUGGCUAGCAAAGAGACUCCUAAUGAAUGGAAGCGUAGUUUAGAAAUUUUGAGGAGGAAUCCCUCAAAGGUCCAAGGUAUAGUUGAUGAAGUCUAUUACUUACUUGAAUUCAGUCAUGAUAGAUUGCCAAAUGACACCUACAAAUCAUGCUUUUUGUAUUGUGCCCUGUUCCCUGAGGACUAUAACAUUGAAAAACAAGAGCUUAUUUUGCUCUGGAUUGCUGAAGGCUUUUUGGCUGAAUUUGAUUAUGAUAUAUAUGAAGCACGUAAGCAAGGAGAAGAUAUAAUUUCAGGUCUAAAGUAUGCUUGCUUAUUGGAAAAUGGUGAGGAAGAAGAUACAAUUAAGAUGCAUGAUGUGAUCAGAGAUACAGCUCUUUGGCUAGCUUGUGAUCAUGAGGAAACGACGAGAUUCAUUGUAAGAGAUUAUUCCAAGACAAGUGGGCUUGAAGUAUACAAUCAUCCAAUGUGGAAAGAGGUAGAAAAGCUAUCAAUGUGGGGCGAGGGUGAUGUGAGCAGAAACUUCUCACAAAAACCUCAUUGUCCUAAUCUCGUGACUCUGCUUAUUAGGAAUACUAGGAUUGAAGUCUUUCCAACUGAGGUAUUUGUACUUCCAAGUACUGUCAGAGUUCUAGACUUUUCUUCUAAUUUUGGAAUAAGAGAUGUACCAUCAGAAAUAGGGGACUUUGUAAACCUGGAACACAUGAACCUAUCCCGUACUAGUAUAAGAAAACUGCCAAAGGAGUUGAAGAAUUUGAAGAAGUUGAAGAUCUUGUUGCUGGACGAAAUAGAAGUGCUUGAAUUCCCAGAGAAAGUUAUAUCCGGUUUGUUAUCCCUUCAAGCUUUUAGCACGAGAUGGUCAAAAAUUCGAGGGAUUGAUAAAAAUGUGUUGUUGAAUGAGCUAGAAAGCUUAGAUCAUCUUCAGGAUAUACGCAUUUCUGUCCAUAACACAUCCUCUGUUGAAAAAAUACUGAUCUCCUCAAAAUUGCAAAGGUGCAUGUGUGAGCUAUUUGUUAUAAAGGUAGACUCAUCACUCCACGGCUUGUUCUCAUCACUUGGAAAUAUGGAGCAUCUGGAAACAUUACUGGUUGCGCAUUCUGAAGCUGUGGAUGUUCCGAGACGCUCAUUUUGGGGACAUGAUUAUAUCAUCACCCUUCGCAGGUUGCGUCUCUUUAGGUGUGGUAAUAUAGUUGACUUGAAUUGGCUUAUACAUGCUCCAAACCUUGAAGUCCUUGAAAUAAUCCAUUGUGAUUCAUUGGUGGAAAUUAUAAGUGAAGAUUUUGGGACUGCUGACGCUGAGAGAGUGAAAAGUAAUCUAUUUUGCAGUCUCAGUUCUCUUUCUUUGUUGUGUCUGGGAAACUUAAGGAGCAUUUGUAGAAUGGCAAGACAGUUUCCUUGUUUGAAGGAGAUUGAAGUAGGAGAUUGCCCCAAUUUGAAGAAGCUCCCAUUUAAUUCUCAAAGUGCAUUGGAAAAUCUACAAUACUUUAGGGGAGACAUGGAGUUGGAUGAAAUGGAAUGGGAAGACGAAGCCACUAAGCAUCUUCUUUCGUCAAAGAUUAAAAGGUCUGGCGUUCGUUUUGUUCGGCCGCCGGCAUUGUCUGAGUGA